AUGGAAACUGGUAAUUAUUCUUACUCUCCCAAAAGAAAUUCCAAUGCUAGGCUUCUUGAAGAGUUAGAGGCUCUAAGCAAAUCCCUUUACCAAUCACACACAGCUAGAAGAACAGCUUCCCUUGCUUUGCCAAGAGAUUCAGCUCCUCCUCCUGUCAAAUCUGUUGAAGAUGACAAUGCCAGUGCUAAAAUUGAUAUCCAAAGCAGUAACAAACCUCGCACACGCAGGUUGUCCUUGUCGCCGUGGAGAUCAAGGCCGAAGCGAGAGGAUAACAAGGCACCCCCCUCAAAGCCACAACAAACAGAGAAUUUGGUUGAGAAGAGAGGGAUUUGGAGCUGGAAGCCUAUGAGGGCUCUUUCUCACAUUACAAUGCAGAAACUAAGUUGUUUGUUUUCUGUUGAAGUUGUAACUGCUCAAAACCUUCCUUCAUCAAUGAAUGGACUAAGGCUUUCUGUCUGUGUUAGAAAGAAGGAAACAAAAGAUGGUGCUGUCCAAACAAUGCCAUCAAGGGUUGUUCAAGGAGCUGCAGAUUUUGAAGAGACUCUUUUCAUCAGGUGCCAUGUUUAUUGCAACCAUGGCAGUGGAAAGCAGCUUAAGUUCGAGCCGAGGCCAUUUUAUAUAUACCUUGUUGCGGUUGAUGCUAAAGAGCUUAACUUUGGAAGAACCUCGGUGGACUUGAGCCGGUUGGUUCAAGAAUCCAUUGAGAAAAGCUGGCAAGGCACCCGGGUUCGGCAAUGGGAGACAAGCUUUUCCUUGUGUGGCAAGGCAAAAGGAGGUGAGCUGGUUCUGAAAUUCGGUUUCCAAAUCAUGGAGAAAGAUGGUGCAGGGAUUGCAAUUUACAAUCAGGACGAGAACUUGAAUUCCAAGUCCAGCAGGUUCAUAAGCCUGGCAUCUUCGUUUCGCAAACAAUCCAAGAGAUCCUUCAGUGUUCCUAGUGCAAGAAUAACAAGCAGAAAUGAUGCUUGGACUCCUUCAGAUAUAAGGUCAAUAGGGGAUUUUCAUGGAUUGCAUGAUUUGAGUCUUGAUGACACAAUUUCGGUCCAGGAUUCCUCAGCUUCUGUCCAAAAACUUGAUGAUGGCAAGGAGAAGGUAGAUGAUUUCCAUCUUCUGGAUUUUGAUAUCGUUGAUAAAGGUGUUGAGGUUCAAAAGCAGAAAAAAGGUGAUGGAGAAGAAUCUGAGAGGUCUGUGGAAGUGAAAUCAGCUUCAAGUGAGGUGGUCAAGGAGAUAGUACAUGACCAAUUGCACCUCACUAGAUUAACCGAGCUUGAUUCGAUUGCACAGCAGUUAAAGGCUCUUGAGACCAUGAUAGGGGAGGAUAUCAACUUGAUAAAAGCAAGGGAUACAGACUCACAAAGAUUGGAUUCUGAUGAAGAAACAGUGACAAGAGAGUUUCUUCAGAUUCUUGAGGAUAAAGUGACCAGAAGAUACAAAAUAAACCAAUCUGAAAUUCCACCUUUCCAACUUGAAGGGCAUGCACGUGAACAUGGAAAUGAAGAUUCUUCUGAGAAGGAGGAAUCCAAAGUUUAUCUUCCUCAUCUUGGCAAGGGCUUGGGUUGUGUGAUUCAAACAAAAGAUGGGGGCUACUUGGCAUCCAUGAAUCCUUUGGACAGUGUUGUGGCCAGAAAUGAUACUCCAAAGCUAGCAAUGCAGAUGUCAAAGCCUUUUGUGUUGCAAUCACAUCAAUUCUCAAUGGGGUUAGAGUUGUUUCAGAAACUGGUUGCCAAUGGUAUUGAAGAUUUCAGCUCUGAAGUUCUCUCCUUGAUGCCAAUAGAUGAAAUGAUAGGCAAAAGUGCAGAACAGGUUGCUUUUGAAGGCAUUGCUUCUGCCAUCAUACAAGGUAGGAACAAGGAAGGAGCGAGUUCAAGUGCUGCACGCAUAGUUUCUGCCCUGAAUAGUAUGGCGAAUGCUAUGAGUUCAGGAAGGAAGGAAAGGAUUUCAACAGGGCUUUGGAAUAUAGAUGAAAAUCCACUCACUGCAGAGCAAAUCCUUGCAUUCACAAUGCAGAAGAUUGAGUCCAUGGCGAUUGAGGCGCUGAAAAUUCAAGCCGAUAUGGCCGAGGAAGAAGCUCCAUUUGAUGUUUCUGUGACCACCUCAAAGGAAGAAAACAAUGACAAAGAUCUGUUGAGUUCUGCUAUUUCACUUGAGGACUGGGUCAAAGAUCAAAGCUACAAUGAAACCAGUGCAAGUUCUUACAAAGAAGCAUCACAUAUCACACUGAUAUUUGUUGUCCAAUUGAGGGAUCCAAAAAGGCGCUAUGAGGCGGUUGGGGGUCCUAUGAUGGUACUAGUUCAUGCAACUGCAGACACAAAGAGGAAUGAAUAUAAUUAUGAUCAUGAAGAUGGUGAGGAGCAAAAGUUUAAGGUAACUAACAUGGAUGUUGGGGGCUUCAAGGUUAGGAGUGGUGUAAAGAAUUAUGCAUGGGACGGACAGAAGCAAAGACUAACUGCAAUGCAAUGGCUGGUGGAAUAUGGAUUGGGAAAGGCAGGGAAGAAAAUCAAGAAUAAUGCAUUGAUCAAAGGACAAGAUUCUCUGUGGAGCAUUUCAUCAAACAUCAUGGGUGACAUGUGGCUCAACACCAUGAGGAACCCAGAUAUCAAACUUGUGGUGAACCAAUAA